CUUUGAAGAGAAGCUGGCGCCAGUGGUUUUGUCCUGUGCUGUGAGUGCUGUAGCUGGGAGCUGAGCAGAGCGCAUGGGCAAGCUGGAAAACCACGACAUGGAUACAGUGACUUAUGAUGACGUGCAUGUUGACUUCACUGGGGAAGAGUGGGCUUUGCUGGAUCCUUCCCAGAAGAAUCUCUACAAAGAUGUGAUGCUGGAGACCUACAUGAACCUCACUGCUAUAGGCAUGAAAGAAGUCAUAUUGGAGAGAAACUUUCCGAAUGCAAUCAAUGUGGUAAAGCCUUUGCACAUCACAGUCAUCUUCAAACAUAUAAAAGAACACAGAGCGGAGAGAAAACCUAUGAAUAUAAUCAAUGUGGUAAAGCCUUUGCAUGUCACAAUAAUCUUCAAGUACAUAAAAGAACACAUCCUGGAGAGAAAGCCUAUGAGUGUAAUCAAUGUGGUAAAGCCUUUUCACGUCACAGUCAUCUCCAAAUGCAUAAAAGAACACAUACUGGAGAGAAACCCUAUGAGUGUAAUCAAUGUGGUAAAGCCUUUGCACAAAUCAGUCAUCUCCAAAUGCAUAAAAGAACACAUACUGGAGAGAAACCCUAUGAAUGUAAUCAAUGUGGUAAAGCCUUUGCACAACACAGUCAUCUCCAAACGCAUAAAAGAACACAUCCUGGAGAGAAAGCCUAUGAGUGUAAUCAAUGUGGUAAAGCCUUUUCACGUCACAGUCAUCUCCAAAUGCAUCAAAGAACACAUACUGGAGAGAAACCCUAUGAAUGUAAUCAAUGUGGUAAAGCCUUUGCACAAAUCAGUCAUCUCCAAAUGCAUAAAAGAACACAUACUGGAGAGAAACCCUAUGAGUGUAAUCAAUGUGGUAAAGCCUUUGCACAACACAGUCAUCUCCAAACGCAUAAAAGAACACAUACUGGAGAGAAACCCUAUGAAUGCAAUCAAUGUGGUAAAGCCUUUGCACAUCACAGUCAUCUCCAAAACCAUAAAAGAACACAUACUGGAGAGAAACCCUAUGAGUGUAAUCAAUGUGGUAAAGCCUUUGCAUUUCAUAAGAAUCUUCAAGUACAUCAAAGAACACAUACUGGAGAAAAACCCUAUGAAUGUAAUCAAUGUGGUAAAGCCUUUGCAUGUCACUAUAAUCUCCAAGUACAUCAAAGAACACAUACUGGAGAAAAACCCUAUGAAUGUAAUCAAUGUGGUAAAGCCUUUGUAUAUUUCGGUAGUCUUCGAAAACAUAAGCAAAAAUCAUACUGUAAAGAAGCUCUCUAAAUGUAGUCAGUGUAGCAAAGUUUUGCAAGUUAUGGUAGUCUUUAACAAGUAAAGUCUUAGUGUGUAAUAGGUAUAUCAAAGCCUUUGAAUAUAACAGUAAACUUUGAGAAUUUGAAAAAAUUAAUAGCAAAGAGUAUCUGAAUAUAAAUCAUUUAGUAAGAUCUUCAGCCAACAUACUUAUGUUCAGUUAUAGAAGAUUAUUUAUUCUGGAGAGAAAAAAAAACAGGCAAGCAUCAAGUCUGUUCAAGCAUUAUGAUGCCCCUCUUGAUUCUAUUUACAGCUGUAAACAAACAUGGACAAAAGGCAGAUGAAUUGAGAUGAUAAGCUAACCCUUUUAGAUUUCAUACUUCUGCUCAUUUACAUGAGAUGGUAUAUCCAGGUGAAAACUUCAUAGAUGUGUAUUCAUUCCUUUUCUGUUGCUGUAAUAAAAUACCAUGUCUAAGUGAACUUACAAAAGGGUUUGAUUUGGCCAUUGGUUCCAGAGCAAUACAGGAUCGCCAUGAAAAUGACUUGGAAAGAAGUGUUAUACAUGGCAGCUAAUGUAGGAAGCUAAGAAUUCCCAUCCUUGACCUACAGCACAAAGCAGAAAGUGUAAACUGGAAAUGGUGUGCAGGUAUAAAUUCUCAGGCCAACCUGCAGGGACAUAUUUUUUCCACUGGGACAGCAUUUCCUAAAUCUUCCCAAAUGAUACUGCAGACUGAGACUGAUUGAUUUCUCUUAUCUCAAGUGUAUGUGCUUGCUUUCUUUUUCAUGAACCAAUUCAUGAUGGAGAAAAACUCUAUAAGCUUUUAGAUGCCUCAACAACUAUAUUAAGAAGAAAGUAUUCAUGAACAGCAGGAGAGAGAGCAUAAGCAAGGAAUUCAGGACCAUGAGGGGUGCAUGCACACACUGAGACAAUGGGGAUAUUCUAUCGGGAACUCACCAAGGCCAGCUGGCCUGGGUCUGAAAAAGCAUGGGAUAAAACUGGACUCGCUGAACAUAGCGGACAAUGAGGACUACUGAGAACUCAAGAACAAUGGCAAUGGGUUUUGGAUUCUACUGCACAUACUGGCUUGGUGGGAGCCUAGGCAGUUUGAAUGCUCACCUUAAUAGACCUGGAUGGAGGUGGGGGUCCUUGGACUUCCCACAGGACAGGGAA